UUAAGCCAGUUAUGUGGGAUUUCAGCAGAACUGGAAUAUCAAGGGAGAACUUGCCCAGGCCUCAGUGUUUGUGUUCCUCAAGGGGACGACUGCUCCAACCGGUUUUCUAGGGAGAGAUGAGAGAGGGGAGGGUGUGGGGCGUUCUCACUCGCCUCAUUCUCUUCUUUUUCUCUCCAUUAUCACACUUACUCUUCCUCUGUCUUUGUAUCAUUCAGUCCAUCUCUGAAGUCUGAGCAAGUGAAAACGGUGCCCAGCAGUGAAUGGCUUAAGGAGUUCUUGACUGCCUGAGACUGACUCAAGGUCAAAGGAGAACACCAUCGCAAUGGAGUGUUUCAACAGCCUGCUCCUUAAGCUCAGGGAGGUCCAUGAACGAGAAGUGGAGGGUUGGCAGGUGAAGAUCCAAGAGCUUUCUAACAAAAAGGGCUGUGAUACAAAGCGAAUGGAGGAACUGUUCACCAAAAACCAGCAGAUGAAAGAGCAGCAGCGAUUGCUCACUGAGAAUAUCAAGACACUGGAAAACAGGCUGAGGGCGGGGCUGUGUGACAGAUGUACGGUAACGCAGGAGGUAGCCAAGAGAAGACAGCAGGAAUUUGAUGCUUCGCAGAUACAGAGUCUCCAACACAUUUCCCUAUUGGCGGCAGAAAUGAACAACCUGAGAAAAGAGAACAACACACUUAGAGAUGAAAUUGGACAUUUAAGAGCGGCACUCGGCAGAGGUCACAGCGACCAUUCCUGCAACAGCAGCACCACCACAGAGGUCAAACCAAACAGCUCUCCUGACAUUUCACCCCCCUCUGGACCUGUGGCCCUGCUCGCCAUGGCAGCUGGCAGGGCCAGUAACCAGCCAGCAGAUGGCGAUGUUGCAGUCAAAACUGAGGAAGACCAAGCAACUGAAGAAACUGACCACAGACAAUGGAGAGGCAUGAUCAGAGGUCACACUGACUCAUACACGCCUCGUUCUACUUUCACAUCACCAUCCUGGAAGACAGAACAUAAUGUAUCCUGUAUUGGAGAGAGGAGGGCUCAGAAUUUUGAAGGAAUGAACCAGCAAUCCUCCAUCCCUCCUCAAGCUCUGCUUCUGAAGAACUCUUCAUUAUUAACCAGUGGAGAACUGAACCCUAGCAGACAUGUUCUCCGCUCUCCUGUCCCCUCGCGUCCUCAUCCAAUCAAGAGCAGCCCUGUUACUCUCCCAUGGCCCUCUGCUCCUGGGACCGGCCUAGUGUUGCAACCUUCUCCUAAAACAGCCCUGUCACGCCUCCCCAAUCUUAUCUCAACUGGGCAACAUGGCAGCCCUCGAAGACCGGGUUUUGGGUCUUUCUGGCACAAGCAGAGUAUCCCUAAGCCAAAUGCCAUAGAGCCAACUGUAUUGUUUAGGUUGAGGAGUCUGUCAGAACGUGAGGAGAGUCAAGCUAAGCACCAGGAGGAAAAGGAAAUCCCGCCAUCCAAGGCUGAGAGGGUCUCUGUGGAAGGGCUUAGAGAGGUGUGUGAGGGGCCUCUGGAUUUAUCAGAUGGAGGAAAGUCAAAAUCUGACCAAUCACAAAGAGAUUACUCGCCCAUAGCCUUACAGGGUGUAGAGAGAGUAAACAACAGCCCUAACAUGGAUGUGAAGACAAAUGCGGCUCUACAUGUACCAGAAUCUUCACCUCAUCAUGUUGUCCCUCCUUCAUCCUCGUCCACUCUGCCAGUCAAACAACAACAACAACAACAACAAGAGCCUACCACUGACCAUAAGCACGAGCAGGUAAUCAAAGAUGAGGAGCAGAAAGAAGAGGUGAACGGAAAAACAGACCAAAGCAAUGGGAAGAAGGUGCCUGUCCUCACUAUAUCUUUACAUCCAGUGAUAAUGCUAGAGACUCUGAAUUCUGCCCUGGAAAAGCAAGAAUCCUUAUCCUCAAAUGACAAGUCAUCAUCUCCGGCAGUUGAAACGGGAAGCAGCACAGAAGAGCCAGACGAGGAGAGUGUGUCAGGACAAGAGAGCAACCAGGGCCGCAAGAGAAAGAGAUCACCUGUGGAGACAGAAACUGACAGAGACUCAGACGCAGACAACAUCCAGCAGGAAAGGAAGAUCAAGAUCACGCUCAGAACUGAGGAGAAGAGUCCGAGCUAAACACCAGGAUAACACAUUCAUUCGGUGAUCUCACUUAAAGUUGCAUUAACUGGUUAUUUGAGUACUUGGAGACAGCACAGUGAGCUGUAAACAACUCUAAUGUGUCAGCACUUGAAAAAGGUGUCAAAAAACAAAGGCCAACCAAUUAGCAAACAAUGAAGCAUGUUCACAUCUAGCAGACACAGCACAAGAUUAGCAUUUGAAGUUGUGUUUGCUUCCACUUGACAAACAUAAAUCCAAUUUUCAAUCCCAUUAUAUUUCUGUUUUGAUUCUCACCAACUGCUUGGAAAAGUGGCUAACUUUGUCUGUCUACUGUUUGUUGGUGGGUAGGUAGCAUAUAAACUUGGUUUACCAGUGCCCCCUUUAAAACAAAACAAUGAGCUGAUAGAUAUUAAACCUGUACAUAGAACUCAGGGCAACUGUGGAGUUGAAUGACCUCAGUAAGAUGAGCCAAUAACUAUCCUUUUUUAAUUGUCUUAAAUAAACCAAAGUGGCGCCUUCUUAUGUCUAAAACUGAAUUCUUCGCUACCAGUAUUCAUCACACUGUGAGAGUUUCAUGUAACAUACACUAGGCUAUUUACUUAUUUCGCUUUCCUGGCAUUGCUGUCACUUCUAUUUUUGUC